AUGAAGCUUUACGCUUUCCUUUUCGUUUUAUUUUCUUCCGUCGUUUUUGCUGCGCCUUGCGCCGAGUUGCACGGGAAAAACUACAACCGCGACCACGACCACGACGUCAAGACAGUUGCUGUGGCCGAGGAUCCCGUCGUUGAAGCAUGGAACCGAACUGUCGCUGUCGUCGCUCUUCCGCUCCUGGAGAAGCGAGAUGAUAUCGACGACUGGAACCGCGAUAAUCCAGAUAACCGCAUCGCUGCUUACUACGUAUGUCCUCACCCGCGCGUUCUCUUCACCGUGUUCAACGCGAGAGCCGUAUACCAGGCCUUCCGGCGCGGCGCUUGGUACAUCGCGCACCCGGGCGAGCUUCGGCCGCGCUGGAGCGGUCUCGAGCACCCGCACUCGGUGUGGCUACCAGACUACCGCGCGCAGCGCGUGGACCUAGGCCGCGCCGAGGGCGAGCUCUUCCUGUUCCCUGUGAACCCCACGCCGCUGGGCGAGUGGCCCGGCAUCGCGGGCGCGCCCGUCUCCGGACCCCCCGGGGACCACCGCGUCGUGCUCGACGAGCACGGGAUGUUUGCCGGGGUGGUGGUGCUGUUUGCGGGCGAGCCGGGGGGCGAGAGGCUCGUGUGGUGCUACCCGAUGCUUGAGUACGGCGCGAGAGACGUGGGCGCGACGGCGGAGGGGAAUCCGGGCGUGGAUGAGGCGUGGCGGGAUGGGUUUGAUGGGCAUUAUUUGUUUGCGCCGGAUCCGGUGGGGGGGUCGCGGCCGCCGGGGGUUUGA